UAUUAAAGGGGUGAAUCGACUGAGGCAUCCCAAACAGGAAUACUUCUUGUUUCUACAGGACUCACACUUUAAUUUGACUAUGGCUGGCAGGCAGGCAGUGAAAGCUUAUUUAGAUCUCGUGUCUCAGGCCUGCAGGGCUGUACUAAUAUUCCUCAAAGACAACAAAAUACCCCACACGAUGGAAAACAUUGCCAUACGAAAAGCGCAGCAGAAAACACCUGAGUUCGCCAAACUCAACCCCAUGCAAAAACUGCCAGUGUUAGAGGACAACGGAUUUGUUCUCACUGAGAGUGACGCCAUAUUGAAGUAUCUGGCGACAGCCUAUAAUGUCCCUGAUCACUGGUACCCCAAACUGCCAGAGAAGAGAGCCCGAGUGGAUGAGUACACAGCGUGGAAUCAUGCCAACAUGCGCACACACAUUUCCUCCAUCUUCCUGCACGAGGUUUUACUGCCACGCAUGAGACAACCGGCAAAUUCAGAGAAACUUAAAACGGUGCUGGCAGACCUGGAUGGCACACUGGACAAGCUGGAAAACGUGUUUCUGAAGAACCAGGCCUUCCUGUGCGGUGACGACAUCUCAUUGGCUGACCUUUUAGCAGUUUGUGAGCUCAUGCAGCCUCUGUGCAGCGGGAGGGACAUUCUGAAGGACAGACCCAAACUGCUGAGCUGGAGGAGUCGAGUCCAGUCAGCGCUCUCGGAUUCCUUUGAUGAAGCUCACUCUGUUGUCUAUCAAAUAAGAGAGAAGUUCACAGCUAAACUGUCUCCCUGUUCAAAUCAAGCCACUCUGUAAAGAUAUGUUUCACAACUAGUCGCAGCGUUUCUGCAGUUUACUUUAUGGGAUCAAUGAUGUAUCUGUCUGACCAAUGCAGUUUGCUCAGUUUACUCAAUGUAUUAACUUGUGGUUGUGCAAUUUCUAAUACAAUGUAUGUGCAACAUACUAAGCCAUUUUUUUUAGGAAUUAAUCUAAUGGCUUACAAUUAUUUAUGUCAUACAUUUUCAAAAGCAGUAAAUAUAAAUGUAAUUAUUAAUGACACAAAACUGUACAACCAUAUAUAAAGAAAAGUGGUACAAUGUUAAGACAUUCAGGAUAAAU